AUGACACUUCCGAAUUUAUUUGCACAUAUUGAUGAUAUAGAAGCAAUACUUAUACUUGAUAAAGAUGGUAUACCAAUAUUAAAAUUACCAACAAAUGAAGCUGUUGAUCAACUUGAUUUACAAACAUUAUUACCAUCAGCACAAAUAUUACAAGAUCAAAGUUCACGAAUGAAUUUUAAAAAAUUAAAAACAGUUGUUACAUAUUGGUCAGCACGUCAAAUAAUUACAUAUAAUGUUUCGCCAUUUGUUUUUAUUAUUGCUGCAGAUACGAAUGUAAAUACAGGUGCAUUACUUAAUUUAUAUAGUGAUUUUCAGAAAAUUGCAGCGGAUCAUUUAACAACGACUGCUUAA